CAUCAGAACUAAAUAAAUUCUCAAUGGUUUUGCAAAUUAACAGAAAACAAAAUUCGGUAUUUAGGAGUGAGGAGGUUGACGAUUUAGAAAUAUGUCCGAAGUGUUCCAGAGACAAAUCUCUCGAUGUUGAGAUUCUAGUCGGGCCUUGUGGCCAUAAACUCUGCCGAAUUUGUGUUAACAAACUUUAUUUACUUAACACUGAUGUCCUGUGCCAAUUCCCUUCUUGCAAGAAGAAAUUAAAGAAACAGGACUACAAAAUUCAAUUUUUCAAUGACCUUGAGGUUCACAAAGAGGUUGUGCUUCGUGCUGAAGUAAUGAAAAUAUACAAUAAACCAAGAGAAUCCUUUCCGCCGGACGCAAAUGGUCUGCGUCAAUAUAAUGAUUAUCUUGAAAAUAUUGAAAAAAUAGUUUUCAAUCUUCUUAGCGACGUUGAUGUAGAAAAAACUCAAAAUGAAAUUUCAAAAUAUAAAGAAGAGUUUCAACGCGAAAUCCGACUUUACUCUGAAAAAUACAAUAAAGAAGUAGAAAGAGUGAAAGCUGAGGUUGAAAAAGAACAAAUAAAUGCGCUUCAAAAGGAACAAGAAGAGGUCGAUUUUAUAAAAGAAAAGAUAAAAGAAAACGAAAAGGAAAAUGAAGACUUUAUUGAGGCCCUUCAGACUGAAAAUCUCGGUUCUUUAAAGGAGCGGCUGAAAAACAAAGAAGAACUGAAGCAACGGAAAAAAAAGUCGCAAAAUACAGCGAUUGGCCAAUCCAAAUCAGUAAAACUAAAAAUUCCCGCCGAAGAAUUGGUUUUGUACAGUUACAAGUUCCCUUCAUCCAAUACGCACGGCCCACCCGUUCCCGAUUAUGCCUUAAUAAAAAAUCACUACCAGCCAGCAUUCACGGAUCUGCUUGACUUGGCGCCUCCUGAACACUCGGUUCCGUGCGGAUUCGAAAUUGCAAGGCAAAUCCAAAGAUCUUUAAGUGAAGCGUUUAAUUGCCUAUUCUUUAAGCGGUCAUAA